AUGUGUUCUUUUGAUGACUUGCCAAUUGAAGUUGUCGAAAAAAUCUUUGGCCAUUUCUCUCAUGAACAAUUAUUCAGGUUGUCAUACAUUAACAAUCUUGGACCUCACAUUGCAAGAAUAAUUUGUACUAGCCUUAUAUUUGAAAAUUGUACUACUAAACAACCAGGAUUACAUAUUUCCAGGAAGGGAUUUGUAGUGGUUCAAUCAUCUGGAUUUAACAAUGCUUUGGAUUUAAUUGAAUCUAUUUUUCUUAAGGAGAUAAAAUUUGAUAAUCCAUUUCAUGCUAUUGAAUUAAUGAAACAGAGACCACAAUAUUUCAAGAAUACGAAAAUCCAUCUUGAUCUAACUAAAAUCAGUUCAUUAAAUCCAAAAUUAUUUGAAUUUAUUGGUGAGUAUGAGAAAACUCCCUUUCCUGUAGAUUCAUUGAGUAUUUAUCGUGCAUCCGAUAUUGAUAAAUAUCUUUCUGCUUAUUUAACUAUACAUGUAACUACGUUUGAAGCUAACACCAUUCAUGCUGGCGAUAUUAGAAAAAUUUCCAAAUUUUGGUUUCCUAAUUUACAAUCACUUAAAUUACUGAAUGAAUUAACUGCUGGUCAGAUUACUCAACUUCCACGAAAUUUAAUCAACUUAAGUUGUGUAUUAGUUCCAAAAGGUCCAAAUGACAUUAAAGCAUUACCUAAAGAUUUAAUUGAAUUGACUUUAUUGUAUAAACUCAAGCAACGUCAUCAUGUGUCAAGUUUGUCACAUAUAGCUAAUCUUAGAGUUCUAAAACUUACCAGCUUUCACAAAAAAUCAUAUGUCGAAUGGCAAUUGCCAUUAAAUUUAGAGAUAUUACAUCUUGAAUAUUCAAAUUUUUUUCAUGGUAGGUUAGAUAAAAUGUGUCCUAAAUUGAAAGAAUUAAAAAUUGGUAUCAAUCAUAAAAACAAAGAAAGUAAUAAUAAAUAUGGUCCAUUGAUGGAUCUUCCUAAUAAUUUAAAAAUAUUAGAAAUUCCAUCUACUUGUCUUGAAUUCGAAGAUGAUAUUCCAUUUAGGAAUUUGUUAAGAACUGUUCCAAAUAUAAUUACCAAAUUAACUUUACCUAAAAAUUUGAAAAAAUUGACUAUUAAAGAACCCCCAAAAAGAGGUAAAAUAUCAAUUAUUGAUUUUAAUAUUAAUCAAUUAUUAUGUCUUGAAGAAUUGAAUAUUAACUCAGUUUCUAAAUUGAAAUUAAUUGGUGCUAUUCCAAGAGGUAUCAUAAGAUUAAAUUUAAUCAAGAUUAAUAAAUUUGAUUGUAAUGAAUUAAUACACCUUGAAAAACUUGAAUCUGUUACUCUUGAAAAUAUUUCAUGUUUAAUGAAUCAAGGGUUUUCUUAUUUACUUCCAAAAUCAUUAAGAGAAUUAAGUAUUAUUAAUUGUGGUAUUUGUCAUGUGUUUAUUAACUCACCAAGUAUUAAUUAUUUAAACUUGAGAGGAAACAUGUUUUAUGUCAUUAAUAAAGACACUUUUAAUAUUCCUUCCAAUGUUUAUUAUUUGAAUUUAUCAGAUUGUCAUAUAAAAGAUAUUUCAUAUAAAUUACCUGAAAAUUUAGAUUAUUUGGAUUUACAAAAUAAUCAAAUUAGAUUUCUUGUUGAUAUUCCUAAAUAUUUGGAUACUUUACUACUUGACAAUAAUAAAAUUGGUGAGUAUGGAUAUCCACCUAUAGUAUUUCCUUCUGGUUUGAAAAUUCUUGGGUUAUCUCGUAAUGUAAUAACUACUGAUACGAUGAAAAAUUUGGAAUUUUCAUAUUGUUUGAGUUUGAUUACGUUGAUGAUGUCAUUUAAUAAACUUGAUAAAGUCUACACUGAUACGAUCCCUGUGUCAGUCAGAACUUUAUAUUUAAAUAAUAAUAACAUCUCGUCAAUUAUUGGUGAUUUUAAAUGCCAUAAACUUGGAAAAUUAGUUUUAUCAGAGAAUAAAUUAAAUAAAUAUUUCCAUAAUUUCAAAGGUGGAUUGUUUGGUAAUGAUAUUUGUCUUGUUGAUGUUGAUCAGAAUGGAUUAGUUGAAUCAGACUUUAGACGGUUAUCUAUUGAAUUAUCUAAAAAACCAAACUUUGUAAAAUUAAAAGUUGAACCAGAUCUUAUCUCUAAUGGUAUUGGUAGUUCAGAUGGCAGACCUAGAAAGAUUCGUAGAUUAACAUGA